AACUGAGAAAAUUAAAUUAAAGCUAAUCAAAAACAAGAAAAAACACAUAAGUAAAUUUUAAAGAUUAAUAUUAACUUUUUAAGACAAAAUGACCACUAAAUUAAUGGAUACUGUUAAAAACGCAAUUAAUGUUAUAAUUUCUAACGAAACCUAUUCAACACCUCCGGAUGACCACCGAGUACCGAUUUUAUGAUGAAAUUUACCCCGCUUUUCAAAAUUUUCAACAAAAAAGGAACGUGUCAGAUCCUUUUGAUAACGCACCGAAACAUUUUAAAGUUAAUUUAAAGCAGCUUAAUGUUCCGCCGAUUAUUUUGGAAAAUUUGAGAUGUUUGGGAUAUUCGUUAAGGGAUAGAAAAAAAGCAAUUGGUGAUGAUCAUUUGAGAUUACCGAUUAAAGCAUUUGCUAAAGACCAUGCGAUUUCGCUUGCUAUGAAAGAUCAAGAACCUGAAACAUUUAAAAAUUUAACAGAUGGAAUUAUAGAUUAUUUUUCAAUUAAUUUUAUUAAAUAUGGAUUAAGUGAAUCGAUUAAAAAUUGUGUUAAACAAUUUAAAGAAACUUUAGAUCCGGAUAAUGAUAAAGAAAUGUUAGAAUGUUGUAAAACCCUUGGGGAAACAUUAGUUAAUUCUGCAUCAAAGAUUACAGAGAAUGUUGAUGAAUAUGACGUUUUGGGGCAAGGCGAUUCUUGGUCUAGUAACAUGAUGUUUCUUUACAAAGAUGGAGGAGUUCCAAUCGACGUAAAAUUAAUUGAUUGGCAAUGUCAAAGAUUAGGAUCACCAUUACUCUUAUACAUCAGCAACAAGAGAACUUUUAGACAACAAAGACGAUUACCUCAACAUUUAUUAUGAAACAUUAGCAAACAUGCUAAGGGAUUUAGGAAGCGACCCCGAAAAAGUAUAUCCACGAGAAAUUUGCAUGGAACAUCACAAAAAAUUUUGUCUGUAUGGAUUGUGCAUGGCUUUUUGUAUUAUAAAAGCACAAUUAUUCGAUAAAAACGAAGUUCCUGAUUAUAUUAAUAGAAACGAUUCUGUUGAAGAUUGUUUUAAUCAAGUUUUGCGACAACAAGAUGAGUAUAAUCGGAGAGUAAAGGAAUUGAUUCAACAUUUUAUGGAUAGAGGGUUGAUAUAGAUCAGUGGUCGAUCGCAAAGCAGUUUUGAGUUGAUCGCCAAGAAAAUCAUGAAUCUGAAAUAUCUAAUAUCUGAGCCUCAGAGCAAAAAAAAAAAGGAAGGUUAUUUUAAACCUUUCGGUCGAUCUUGGUAAGACAUUUAUAUAAAAAGUCGAUUUUGAUCAAAAAUUAGUGGACACUACUGCUCUAAAUCGAUUAAAC